GCAUACAUUAGGGGGAUUACCAAUAGACCCCUGGCUGUCUUCAAUAAGGCACUGGAGAGGCACCUAAAGUCAGUUCCUGACUAGCCGAUCUGUGGUUCGUACGUCGGUUUGCGUGCGACCAGCAGUAACAGCCUGGUCGCAGGCCCUGAUCCACUGCGAGGCCUGGUCACAUACCAGGCCGUGAAGGCAUUGACCUCCAAAACCCUCUCCAGACUCGCACCAAUAGCAUGGUUAAUCAGGCAAUGCGCUGGGAGGCCUGGCCUGGGACUGGAUCAUGAGGGCGAUGAAUGAUGCUGACCUUCGGAACACUCUCCGGGUAGACUGAAGGAUGGAACAAAAUAGAAUGACUUCGAGAGUGUAUAAAUCUGUAGUGGAGUGAUUAGAAAAAAGAAAUUUGGUAAAAUAACUGCACAAAAUGCAAGCACAACACAAUAGAGAUGCUUCCACGGUAAGGUAACCAUGGGUGGAUGUUGUGACAUUCACUGCGCCAACUAGUGGCAGCGUAUCUGAAGCUCACCAGCAUUUUCCGUUAGCCCAAGUCGUCUGAUCUCCAAGGUAAAUACACUUUAUAAAACCAGUUUAUUUCUUUACAUAUUCUUUUAUUAUGUCUUUAUACAAUAUUUCUUAUUUAUAAAUACAUUUUUCUUAUUUAAAAACCCAUAACAAAAAACUUGGGGUGGUUUUUUGGGGGGCUGGAACGGAUUAAUGGCAUUUCAAUUACGUAACUGCAAUGAGGAGAAUUGAUUUGAUAUAUGAGCAAACUGAGUUACAAGCUCAGUCACAAAACGAAUUAAACUCGUAAGUCAAGCUACCACUGUAACGUUGAUCUCUGAAUACUUGUCUAUUCUAGGGUUCAGUUCUGCUUUAUCCUAAUCUCUGUUAUUGGUGUAGUAGCAUCAUGGAUGGUACCUGGAGUUUACCUGGAGAGAGUUCCGGGGGUCAACGCCCCCGCGGCCCGGUCUGUGACCAGGCCUCCUUAGGUCAGUGUCCCAGGAUGCGACCCACACCAGUCGACUAACACCCAGGUACCCAUUUUACUGAUGGGGAACAUAGACAACAGGUUGAAAGAAACACGUCCAAUGUUUCUACUCUGGCUGGGAAUCGAACCCAGGCCCUCACCGUGUGAAGCGAGAGUGUUAACCACCAGGCCACCAGAUAUCCACCAGAUAAUUCUAAUUGUUUCCCAGGCAUCAUUUACAUCAGUAUAAUUUUUUUUACAAGCUAUUUGCAGUUUUGUUGCUUAUGUACUAGUGUUUCUUUGCUCAGUAUUUUAUGUUGUGCUGUUGCUUCAUGUGGGGUGUUUCUGAUGCAGUAAGUGCUAAGAUAGUCAAUAAGCCCUUUAGGAAUGAUUUCUGACUGUUUUCUAUACUUUUUAAAUAAUCUGUGAACAAGUGUGGUGGCUGAAAAAUUGCAUAUUCUGGGUUGGUUCAGGGAUUAGCUGCUUACAAUUAUUUAAUUCCAGAAUUUGCUUAUAUCAUUUUACAUAACUUAUUUCAUUGUUGAAAGGGGGAUAUUGAAAUUAAUUGUGGCUUACAGUUCAGCCCAAUUUUUUAUAUUACCCUUGCAGUGUAUCUUAAGAACUAUCUUUGGAAGGAUGAUAAACAACUCCAACUAGUAUGGGUUUUGUUUUGGGUAGCAUGAUGUUAAUAAUUAGGUGUUCCAUAGCUGGAUUGCUAGCGCACUCAGCUCGCACACUGAGGUCCAGAGGUCAAUCCCCUUGUACAUGUACUCGUAGCAAUAGAUAUACAGUGGAACCUUGAAAAUUGAACGUACCAAAUAUUGAACGUUUCGAAAAUAAGACCAUUUUUUGGGACAAACUGUGUACCAAAAAUCAAACGCAUUUCAAAUUUCGGACCGCCAGGUACGGGACCUGUCCGCUGGCCCGCUCUGUCCGCGUCCCCGCGCAGGCGCCGUGAGCAGUCUAGCUUUGUUUAUGCUUGAGUGAACACUAACCUGCGCUCUCAUUCACACAUUUUACGACUAUUUCAUUGUGUUUAGUGCUUGUGGGACUGUGAAAUAAGCUGCCAUGGGCCCAAAGAAACUUGCUAGUGGUACCCCUGUGGUAAAGAAAGUGAGAAACACCAUAGAUGUGAAGAAGGAAAUAAUACAGAAGUAUGAGAGUGGUGUGAGACUUGUUGAGCUUGCCAGGAUGUAUGGGAAAAACAAGUCGACCAUCGGUUCUAUCCUGGCAAAGAAAGAACAAAUCAAGGAAGCUGAUGUUGCAAAAGGUGUUAAUAUGCUAACCAAAAAAAGACCACAAAUAGUUGAAGAGGUUGAGAAGUUGUUGCUGGUGUGGAUCAAGGAUAAAGAGAAUGCAGGUGAUAGUGUUUCAGAGACAAUUAUUUGCGAAAAGGCAAGGAAGUUGCAUGCCGAUCUGGUACAGAAAACUCCUGGAACCAGUGCUGAUAGUGAAUUUAAGGCCAGCAGAGGCUGGUUUGAGAAAUUUAAGAAGCGUAGUGGCAUACACAAUGUUGUAAGACAUGGUGAGGUAGCCAGUUCAGACAAACGGGCGGCUGAAAAGUUUGUACAGGAGUUUAAGGGGUACAUAGACAGUGAAGAAUUCAAACCUGAACAAGUGUUUAAUUGUGACGAAACAGGCUUGUUUUGGAAGAAAAUGCCAAAAAGGACCUUCAUCACACAGGAGGAAAAGGCACUGCCAGGACACAAGCCUAUGAAAGACAGGCUUACUCUUUUGUUCUGUGCAAAUGCUAGUGGUGAUUUUAAAGUGAAGCCUUUACUUGUGUAUCAUUCAGAAAAUCCCAGAGUGUUGAAGAAAAACAUUGUCUUUAAGAACAAGUUAUGUGUCUUGUGGAAAGCUAAUCAUAAGGCAUGGGUCACAAGACAAAUUUUCAAAGAGUGGGUCAGUGAAGUGUUUGGCCCCAGUGUGAAAAAAUACCUCCAGGAAAAGAAAUUGCCACUCAAGUGCCUCCUGUUAAUGAACAAUGCUCCUGCUCAUCCUCCAAACUUAUUAGACCUCUUGUCUAAGGACUUCAGUUUUAUAAAAGUGAAGUUCUUGCCUCCUAACACCACUCCUCUCCUCCAGCCCAUGACCAGCAGGUCAUUUCUAACUUCAAAAAACUACACAAAAGUAGUGUUUGAAAAGUGCUUUGAAGUGACCAUAGACACUAAGUUGACCCUAAGAGAGUUCUGGAGGAAUCACUUCAACAUCUACAACUCCAUAAGCCUUAUAGGUAAGGCUUGGGAGGGAGUGACUUCCAGGACUUUGAACUCUGCUUGGAGACAGUUGUGGCCAGAUUGUGUCCAAAAGAGGGAUUUUGAAGGGUUUGAGGCUGACCCUGACCCUGACCCAGCUCACCCUCUGCCUGUUGUGGACUCUAUUGUGGCAUUGGGGAACACCCUGGGGUUGGAGAUGAGUGGUGAGGAUGUGGAAGAGUUGGUGGAGGACCACAGGGAAGAGCUAACCACUGAAGAACUGCAAGAGCUUCAUCUGGAGCAGUAUCAGACCACAGCUGAGGAACUUGCUUCAGAGGAGGAAGAGGGAGUGGAUGAGGUGCCUUCUUCAAAGAUUAAGGAGAUUUGUGCCAAGUGGAAUGAUGUCCAAUGUUUGUGCAGAAGUACCACCCUGAGCAAGCUGAAACAAGCCAUCUUUGCAACAAGUUCAGUGACAGAACCAUGUCCCAUUUUAGGGAAAUGUUAAAGAGGUGCCAGAAACAGAGGACUGUGGACAGUUAUUUUGUGAGACAGGGGUCCAGUGACUCUCAAGCUGGUCCUAGUGGCAUUAAAAGACAGAGAAGGGAAGUAACCCCAGAGAGGGCUUUACCUGAAGUCCUCAUGGAGGGGGAUUCUCCUUCCAAACACUAACCCCAACUCCCUCUCUCCUCCUCCCUAUCUUCCAGAUGCCAUCACCAAUCUUCAAUAAAGGUAAGUAAAAAUGUUAUUUUAUAUUUUAUACAGUAUUAUAUGUAUGUAUUAUUUUAUAUGUAUGUUAUUUUAUAUGUAUGUAAAACUGUAAUUAACGCUUAAAUGGUCCAAACGUAUAUAUACGUUUUUUCAACAUCUGAAAGUAUGUAAAAAAAUGUAGAUCUUCCUUUUUGUUUUACAUUUGAAAAUGUGUAAAAAACUUUUAUCUACAUUUUUUUUUUUGUUAUAUUUGAAAAUAUGUAAAAAAAAGUAGAUCUACUUUUGUAGCACUGCGAAUUUGAACGUCGAUCUGUUUGGACCGUUUAAGGGUUAAUCUCUAUAAAAUGUAUUUUUUGUGUGAAUAUUUUUGGGUUUCUGGAACGGAUUAAUUGUACUGUAUUUCCAUUAUUUCUUAUGGGAAAUAUUGAUUCGAAUUUCAGACUUUUCGAAAUUAGAACUAGCUCCUGGAACGGAUUAAGUUUGAUUUUUGAGGUUCCACUGUAUUGAGAGUAAGUUUGUCGGUAAUCAUCCAAGUAGAUAUUUUUAGUAGUUCAGUAUUUACUGUGUGUUAGUAUGGUUGGGUUUGGGUGAGAAAAGACAUAAGUUGUGUCAUCUGCAAAUAAAAUGGGUUUAAGGAGAUUAGAUGCAUUUGGUAGGUCAAUGAUGUAAAUGAGGAAGAGAAGUGGGCCAAGAAUGCUUCCUGUGGGACUCCAACAAGAACAGGUUGUGUAGUGGAACUGGCUCCAUUUGUGUAUACAUACUGGGUUCUGUUGUUGAGAUAAGAUUUUAGGUAAUCAAGAGAGUGUCCUCUGACCCUGUAAUGUUCAAGAUUUUGGUGCAAAAGAUCAUUGUCAGCUGUAUCAAAAGCUCUUCGUAAGUCUAUGAAAAGUCCCAGGGAAAAUUAAUUUUUCUCGAGUGCAGAGUAUGUUAGUUCAAGCAUAUGUAUAAUGUUGGUUUUCUAAACAAUUUAAAGUAUAAGGUUGUUAAAUAUGGCACCAGUGGUGUCCAUUCUGUGACUGCCAGGGCCACGUAACAUAAAGCAUUUCCUCACUAUAUAUACAUAGUAUAUAUAAAAACAAACACACACAUACAGAGAGAGAGAGAACAGGGAUAGAAGUCGUAGAGCCAGAAAUGAAUAUGCACAGGUAAGAAGGGAGGCCCAAUGACAAUAUGAAAAUGACAUAGCAGCAAAAGCCAAAUCUGACCCAAAGCUGUUGUACAGCCAUAUCAGGAGGAAAACAACAGUCAAGGACCAGGUAAUCAGGCUAAGGAAGGAAGGAAGGAGGAGAGAUCACAAGAAGCAACCGUGAAGUAAGUGAGGAACUCAGAGAUUCAAAGAAGUGUUCACAGAGGAGACAGAAGGGACUCCAGAAAGACGGAGAGGUGGGGUACACCAUCAAGUGUUGGACACAAUACAUACAACCGAGGAAGAAGUGAAGAGGUUGCUGAGUGAGCUAGAUACCUCAAAGGUGAUGAGGCCAGACAACAUCGAUCCAUGGGUCCUAAGAGAGGGAGCAGAGGCGCUAUGUGUACCCCUAACAACAAUAUUCAACACAUCCAUUGAAACAGGGCGACUACCUGAGGCAUGGAAGACAGCAAAUAUAGUCCCAAUUUUUAAAAAAGGAGACAGACAUGGAGCAUUAAACUACAGACCAAUGUCACUGACAUGUAUAGUAUGCAUAGUCAUGGAGAAGAUUAUCAGGAGAAGAGUGGUGGAACACCUAGAAAUGAAUGAGCUUAUCAAUGACAGCCAACCUACUGGAGUUCUAUGACAGGGUGACAGCAGUAAGACAAGAGAGAGAGGGGUGGGUAGACUGCAUUUUCUUGGACUGUAAGAAGGCGUUUGACACAGUUCCACACAAGAGAUUAGUGCAAAAGCUGGAGGACCAGGCAGGGAUAACAGGGAAGAGAUCUGGACAGGCUGCAGGCCUGGUCCAGCAACUGGCUCCUGGAGUUCAACCCCAAAAAGUGCAAAGUCAUGAAGAUUGUGGGAAGGUUAAAGAAGACUGCAGAUAGAGUAGUCAAACUUCACUCAAGGAAAAAGGUCUUGGGGUGAGCAUAAUAUCAGGCACAUCUUCCGAGGGGCACAUCAACCAAAUAACUGCUGCAGCAUACGGGCACCUAGCAAACUUAAGAACAUCAUUCCGGUAUCUUAAUAAGGAAUCGUUCAGGACCCUGUACACUGUGUACGUUAGGCCCAUAUUGGAGUAUGCAACACCAGUUUGGAACCCACACCUAGCCAAGCAUGUAAAGAAACUAGAGAAGGUGCAAAGGUUUGCAACAAGACUAGUCCUAGAGUUAAGGGGUAUGUCCUACGAGGAAAGGUUAAGGGAAAUCCACCUGACAACAUGGAGGACAGGAGAGAUUGGGGGAACAUGAUAACAACACAUAAAAUGCUGAGAGAAAUUGACAAGGUGGACAGACAGAAUGUUCCAGAGAUGGGACACAGCAACAAGGGACCACAGUUGGAAGUUGAAGACUCAGAUGAAUCACAGGGAUAUUAGGAAGUAUUUCUUCGGUCACAGAGUUGUCAGGAAGUGGAAUAGUUUGGGAAGCAAUGUAGUGAAGGCAGGAUCCAUUCGUAACUUUAAGAAGAGGUAUGAUAAAGCUCAUAUAGCGGGAAGAGUGACCCAGUAACGGCCAGUGAAGAGGCAGGGCCAGGAGCUGUGACUCAACCCCUGCAACCACAACUAGGCGCACGCAUGCGCACGCACGUGCACACACGAGCGUGCGCGCGCGCACACACACACACACACACACACACACUUACAUACAUACAUACAUAGUCAUUCAUUUAUUCCCCAAUAAGUACGCUUCAGAGGCUUAAAUGAAACAUGUUUAUGAAAACACUAAUGGUUAUAUUUUUUAUAUUCAUUAAGAUAUAUCAUGUACAUACAGAAAUAGGGGAAAAUAAAAGACUAAAGAUGUAGAGGCACUGCGAGUGGCCAUCAUAUUCUUGAGAGGUGUGCCUCUUUACUGUCACUAAUGACUGGUAUAGUAAACUCCCUCUCUAUUGCCCCUUAACACCUGUACAAAACUAUUUAAAUACAUUAACACUCCACAUAUACAGUGUCACAUAGCAAACAUUUCUGCAUUGGCUUUAUAACACUCUGUACGUUAUGGAUUUAAACUAGAAAUUAUCACAUACUGUAUAUUAAAUAAAAAUAAGUCCUUAUGAUAUAUAUUGCUUGAGAUAAAAUAAUUAAAAAUUUGUGUAAAUCAAUGCUAACCACCGUAUCAAUCUAGGAUUUCUGUGGUUCAUAUCAGGUCACUUGGCUAUUCAUUUAGCUGAAGUGUUUUACAAUUUUGCAACUGAUUUAGUUAAGAAAUAGAUCUUUAUAUAUAUCUCUCGGUCCACUGCAGGACGUGAACCCGCACACAAUGCAUCAAAGCACUCGGCAAUUUGGCCACAUGUCUAAAGUACUGUGUACUUAGAUGCAGUGUGUGUGCAGAUUCAAAUCCUGCUAUGGACUGAGAGAUAAUGUUCAUAAAUAAUUUUGCCUGUUUGUAAAUUGUUAAGAAUUAUGUGUGUGUUUGUGUGUAUGUUUUUAAGUGUAUGUGCAUGUUUUUGUGUUGUAUGUAUGCAUGCAUGCAUGCAUAUACUACAUGGAUAUAUGUAUAUAUAGCUUUUUAAGGCAGAGCAUGUCAAACAAUUAGAACUACCCUAAAAAUGUAAAAUUUUGAAAUUUCUCGUAUAUUUACGGUUACAUUUUUUGUGAAUUUGCGUAUAUCAAUUAUAAAUUGCACACUAAAAUUCAGCAACCUUAUCUAACCUUCCGGAAAUUAAAGCACAAUACAAUUUAGCUUAAUCCUCCCCAAUGUGUGUUAAGUAUGCCUAAAUUUACUAUUAACCCUUAAACUGUCCAAACGUAGAUCUACGUUCACUUGCGUAGCGCUCUGAAUA